AUGGCUCUUGUUCGAGACCCAGCGUUUUGGAGGCGCUUCUCGCGCGCCAUCCAUCUUGAUGAGGAAGCAAAAGCUUCAAAGACGGAAAAUAAGAGCGGUGUCAUCUACUCGGAUGACUGGAUUCUGAAGCAACGCAAGAAACGACGCCGAUGGAUCUGUUGUGGCUUCUUGAUACUUGCAACGUUUGCUAUAGUGGUUGCUGGUGUGGUGGUGGUCUUUUGGUGGCUCCAUUCUCACAACUGGUUGCGCAAGUCAUAA